AUGUCGUCCCGUCGCCAGGACUAUAUUGCACGGAUAAGAUAUCAAAACGAGCUUCCGCCUCCGCCAUGUGGGCCGAAACUUUUGAAAAGCGAGAUCGACCUCUCGGGCCUUUUGAGUUCUUCAAGCUUAUCCGCAGCUGUCUUGGGUAGAGACCUGCUAGUUGACGUUGACAUGGAGCUUGGGAUGCCAAUAGAUUUGGUUGAGAUUCCACACGCGUUUGACCCGGAGACGAGCCUGGAGGCAAGCGAGGGAGUAGAACUGGAGGAGGCUGAUAGAGACCUGCUGGUAGAACCAUCGUCUAAAACCUCGACCUCAAGACCAAGCUCUGCCGGCGCAGGUGUGUCCUUUUUGCGUCGUACCGAAUACAUUUCCUCAGAUCCGAUGCGCAUCAAAAGACCGACAGCACGUGAAUCGCGGAAGAGCACACACAACCCUGAGGAGCGGGUGCAGCGGAUCGAAAGCACGUUUGACCAUGCUCAAGCGCCACUUGAUACUCUCAAGCAUCCAAAAAAGAGAAAUGUGCAUGCUGUUAAAGCACUCCCGCUGCUUCCUGAUGUGAAGCAGCUGGAUUUGGUUUAUUUGGCUGUGAACAUGACAGGUUCUGCCUCGUUGACUAAAGUCAAGCCACCGUUGUCAAGGCUGCAACUGGAAACCGCAGUUUUCAACAAUAUUACAGUGGGACCCGAGGAUGAUUCGCAGGAGUGGAUGGGGCUAUUUAUGCCCGAAGACGACGAAUCAGCUGAGAAGUUAUUGAACAGGUUGAAAGACACGAGAGACACCUUACCGGCGAGUGAGCCACCGCUCGACCCUGUUGUGUUCAAGCUAGUUCAGGAGAAUGACAUUGAUUUCACUGCAAAUGAAAACGAUUUCGACGAGAUUGCUAUCAGUAUGGGCGAUGAUGCAUGCUAUUAUGUGCCAGUAGUGGGCCGAACCAGUCUGAAACGACGACGAAUCGCACCGCUGAAGCAGCAACUAGUCAAAGAAGAAACCAUCGACAAACUCGAAGUCGGACUGCAGGAAGUCACCGCAGAGGAGAGUAUCGAGCGCGACAGCAUCCGCUCUAAAUAUGACCCCGUUACUUAUUCUAGUGCCUAA